AAAACUGUAGUGGAACUGAUGUUCGACGUCAAUGUUUCACGGCGGACACUCCUUGGAAACGCACUGAUAGCGCAUUGACGACGCAGUUAUCUGACGGCAUAAUAUUUUUUCUCUCUCAACAGCAGCUUUGGAACCGAGCACUCUCACCUGAUAAACAUAAAUAUGUCUAUUUUUACGCCAACAAACCAAAUACGACUGACAAAUGUGGCGGUGGUGAGGAUGAAGAAGGGAGGGAAGCGGUUUGAAAUUGCCUGCUACAAGAAUAAAGUUGUGAACUGGCGAGCGGGAGCAGAGAAAGAACUUGACGAGGUUCUGCAGACACAUUCCGUCUUCGUUAAUGUGUCCAAAGGGCAGGUGGCGAAGAAGGAUGACUUGACUAAGUCUUUUGGGACGGAUGAUCUGACAGCAAUCUGUAAAGAGAUCCUGGCCAAGGGAGAACUCCAGGUGUCAGACAAGGAAAGGCAUUCUCAGCUGGAAACAAUGUUCCGGGACAUUGCGACUAUCGUGGCAGAGAAGUGCGUCAACCCUGAGACCAAGAGGCCGUAUACAGUCAAUCUCAUCGAGGGGGCGAUGAAGGACAUCCACUACUCUGUCAAGCCCAACAAGAGCUCGAAACAGCAGGCUCUGGAAGUGAUCCGGCAGCUGAAGGAGUCCAUGGAAAUCCAGAGGGCCCACAUGAGGCUGCGAUUUGUGCUGCCAGCCAAGGAGGCCAAGAGGCUGAAGGAGAAGCUGAAACCACUUCUGCAGGUUGUGGAGAGUGAAGAUUUUGAUGAGCAACUGGAAAUGGUGUGUCUGGUGGAUCCCGGCUGCUUCAGGGAGAUCGAUGAGCUGAUCCGCUGUGAGACCAGAGGCCGAGGCUCUCUGGAGGUUCUCAGUCUGAAGGACGUUGAGGAGGGAGAUGAGAAAUUCUAGGAACCUUAUCCACACUAACGUGCCACACCUCGGCGCACAAAGAGUCUAUAUUUUCAAGGAGAUUCAUGCUAAUUUACCGUUUCAGAGUCUCUUAAGAUUUAAAGGCUUUGUUUAACUUUGCCAGAUUUGCAUGCUGGGUGGAAGGUAUUUUUGAAAGUUUGUUUGAGCAUUCAUACCCAAACAAGCAGAUCAGUGAAUAUUUCCGCUUUGCAUUCACCUAUUUAUUUAGGUUUUCUGUAUCAUUAACAGAACUUUUCUGCCUUCCAUCAGCCUUUUGUGUGCCAUGUAGUCAUGCUCAAAUCCCAGUUUUAUGGAUCAAUACUUCAAAACAACAACUUUAUAUUUUGUCAUAAUGAACAAGCUUGCUCUGCAGCAAAUAAAUAUGUAACAAAAUGUUUUUGUUUCUGUGUAACCUCAGUGGUUUUACUAAUGCACACAGUUUGUUGGAAAACAAUAUGAAGUCAGUUUUGCAGAACUCCAAAUAUGUAACAUAUAACAUAUAACAUCUUCAAGGACUGUAAAAAGCAUAACAUCCAAAUCAGUGAUAUUUAAAGAACUUCCAUCUGUUGUACCUUUUUGUGGAAAGCAUGCUGUAGAGUUAUUACAGAGUUUAGGAAUGUGCACAUCUCAGCCAGGUGUUUCCUCCCUUUCGGGUCAACAUGGCAGCAAACGAGGGAAAAAAUGAUUUGUGUUGAGCCAAACUUUAGUGGAUCAUAACACAUCAGGUAUGGCAUUAGUCAAAAUGAGCACCAACUUUUCUCUGGGUGUCAGUUUUUGAGUCACAACAAAGGCAUGUAUGUAUAUUUAUAUGCAUAUAUUUGUGAAAGUAUACACAUAAGUGUGUACAUUUGUGUCUAUAUAUUUAUUUAGUGUUAAGAAAAUAAUACAAUGUUUGUAAAAAUUGCUUUAAAAGAAUAACUUUAUUAGAAAUAAAUUGCAGAAUCCA